AUGGAUUUCUCACUUAAUAGAUUGUCUGAAUUAUAUGUUUCCGAGAUUGUCAGAUUACAUGGUGUGCAAGUUUUUAUUAUUUCUAAUAGAGAUCCACGGUUCAUAUCUCGAUUCUGGAAUAAGUUGCAAGAAGCUUUAAAUACACAAUUACAUUUCAAUACCGCAUUCCAUCCUCAGAAUGAUGGACAGUCUGAGCGUGUGAUUCAGAUUUUAGAAGAUAUGCUUCGACGCUGUGCAUUAGAAUUUGAAGCUGUUGGGAUAGAUGCAAAUAAUGGUAUCUAUCCUCUUGCAUAUGCUGCUGUCGAAAGUGAAAACAAAGCAUCAUGGUUUUGGUUCUUGGAGUUGCUUGCAAUAGACUUGGAAAUUGUGAACUCGUACCAGAUAUAUUUCAUGUCUGACAAACAAAAGGGACUUUUAAAAACAAUAUGUAUGAUGUUUCCUAAUGCAGAAACAAGACACUGUGUUAGACACCUACAUGUCAAUUUCAAGAAGGCUGGUUUUCGAACAAAUGAAUUGAAAGAUUUGCUUUGGAAAGCUAUCAGAGCGAGCACUACAAGGGAUUUUGAGGAUGUCAUGGAAAAAUUGAAGAAAACCAACCAGCAUACUUAUGAUUGGUUGAAGGAAAAGAACCCUACUCACUGGUCAAGGUCUCACUUCUCAAUUAGGAGCCAUUCUGACAUGUUAGUGAAUAAUCUUUUUGAAUCCUUUAACAAGGUGAUACUAGAAGCAAGAGGGAAACCUAUUCUGACCAUGAUGGAAACAAUAAGGACCAAAAUUAUGUUGCUUAUUUUCAAGAAGAAAGAAGAAACUGACAAAUGGAAAGGAAUGUUGUGUCCAAAGAUCAAGAAAAAGCUGGAUGUAAAUAUAAAAGAUUCAUUGAGGUGUGUUCCAUCACAUGUUGGUGGGGACAAGUAUCAGGUUGAAUGUGGUCUAGACAGCCAGCAUGUGGUGGACUUAGUUGAGAAUUCCUGCUCAUGCAAGAAUUGGGAUCUUACUAGCAUCCCUUGUAUGCAUGUAUUGGCUGACAUUCGUCUAAAAGAUGAGUUCCCAGAGACCUAUAUACAAACCUGGCCACCUGACAGACCUACUAAGGUGAGAAGGAAAGAACCUGAUGAACCAAAAACAACAGAAAAGUUGAGCAAGAGAGGGGUGGACAUGAGGUGCAGUAAAUGCAAAAGAAUAGGCCACAAUAAGAGGAGUUGCAAAGGAGAAAUUGGCCAAAACAUUUCAGUAAAAAAACAUAAAGUUGGUGUCCCAACUCAGCAACAGGCUACCCCAAAUCAGCAAUAG